UGUUCCAUCUCAUGUCUUUCACACUACCUCACAUACUGCAGCUACGUGUCCUAUGUCCGCUCUCGAUACCCCAUGCCAAUACGCAAAGCACACUCGAAGUCUCGUAACGGCUGUUUGCCUUGCAAGAAGAGGCACAUAAAGUGUGGAGAAGAAUAUCCCUCAUGUCAAAAUUGUAUCAAGCGUCUCGUGUCAUGCGCAUACGAUAACUCAGUGACACCCACUUCUCAAGCCGCUGCACGCAAUACUAGUCCAGGAAAUGGUCACCUUGCACAAUAUGGGCCAAGUGACACGCCGCAGGCGACUCUGAACUGCUCUUGCCAGCAGAGUGCAAUGAAUCUGGCGCCUGUCGGGAUCACCCGAUUACAGGAACUGCGGCUUGUGAUACAUUACACAACGAUUACGUGCGAAACUAUGUCCCAUGGCUCAACCGACAUCGACAUAUGGAAACAAGUGGUCCCUGGAGAGGCGGUUUUGCAUGAAUUUCUCAUGGAUGGACUUCUCGCACUCUCCUCGCUACAUUUUGCAUCCCAGAACCCAAAUUUGCGGUGGCAAUAUACUGAGAUUGCCAUUAAAUACCAGACUGCUGGGCUGCAAAAGUACAAGUACGCACUCGAAAAAAUCACAAAAGAUAACAGCGAUGCCCUUUUUGCAUUUUCCGUCAUCAUCAAUAUACUAGCUCUGGCGUUUCCCAACGUCUGUCCGGACCCUACGCAUUCUUCACACACUGAAGGUAUCAUCAUGCUACUUGAACUCCUACAAGGUACGGGCUUCAUCAAUGACAUAGAUGCUUCUUCGUUCCGUGAGGGGAAAUUGGCGGCACUCUUCGAAGCAUUUCCUUUCACGAUGGAAGAGCAUACGCUCAGCAAUGAUACAACCGAUGCGUUGCUGAAGCUUCGCGAGCGGGCAGAUAGUCUUGCUGAUACCAUCGACUCCGAGCAGCAAAAGUCUUAUGUCAUGGGAAUCGACAGCUUGGAAACAGUCUUCGGUUACAUGAGCAAGUCUCAGCACCUUGGUCCCAUUAUUUCUUGGCCUGCUAUGGCUGGCAAGGGACUCGUAAGGCUUUUUAAGCAGAACGAUCCUAUGGCUCAAUUCAUUUUCAUUCACUAUGGUGUAUUACUGCUCUACGCUCGUGAUAGAUGGUGGGCAAAACAUACCGGUGUUAAUGUUAUCGAGAAUCUGGCAAGCUCUCUCCAUGAUGCAGACCCAGAGUGGGUUACUUGGACACAGUGGGCAAGAGACUGCGCUGCUCUCGUCGUCGAAGAUAACCAAUAUCAAAAUUAA